UUUAAAAUGCAGUUUUAGUUAAGUUAGCUGGAUAAUGUUCUGUGCGUAAUGUACUUAACACAUACAUGAAAACACCAGGAUAAGUGUCAUAAACUUUUGUGCCAAAAAAUCAAUUGGCAUUCAAUUUAUAUACACUUUUUGUGUGAUCUGCUAAUAUCAACGCCCAAUGUAUGUGCCGAUUGUGAUCGCCAUAGUGUUCCUAUCGUGUUGUGUGAAUGUCAUAUUUCUUGAGGCCAUUAUCAGGCAAUCCCCCGGAAGUGGAAAUCUCAUCACAUUUUCUCAGUUUCUGUUCAUCGCUGUCGAGGGCUUUAUAUUCACCACUCGGUGCGGCCAACAAAAGCCGGUCAUACCUCUCAAGAAAUACAUCUCAUUAGUGAUAUUCUUCUUUCUGGUCAAUGUGUCCAACAAUUAUGCCCUCAAUUUCAAUAUAUCCGUUCCCUUGCACAUCAUAUUCCGAUCCGGAUCGCUUAUGGCCAACAUGUUGUUGGGAAUACUGAUACUGAAGCGCCAGUACUCCACCACUAAAUACACGUCCGUCGCGUUGAUCACUGUCGGCAUAAUAAUGGCUACGUUGGCCUCAUCCCAGCCCUCAGUGCAGCCUAAACUCAAUAAACCAAUUGAUGUCCACAAUAGUAGUCAUCGAUUGCCGGUCAGAGAAUAUUCUGUAUACGACUACACGAUAGGCAUAUCUCUGUUGACGUUUGCGCUGCUAAUGUCGGCCCGUUUGGGCAUAUUUCAAGAGGUGUUGUUCACUACGUAUGGCAAACACCCUAAGGAAGCCGUCUUUUAUCAA